AGGUGGCGAGCAGCGGUGCGCCACAGUGAAGCCUGACGCUUGACUUCGACCGAAAAGGCACACAAAAGUUAUUAGUGGACUUAAAAAAAACCUGCAACUUGGGCGAACAUCACCAUGGCCAACACACCGCAGCCUCCUCACCUGCACUUGGCUGAAGUCACCGCGUCCCAGUUCCUCGACAUCUGGAAGCAUUUUGAUUCUGAUGGUAAUGGCUUUAUCGAAGGGAAGGAGUUAGAGAGUUUCUUUCGGGAGCUGGAAACAGCCCGCAGAGGAUCUGGCGUGGACCCAUCAAACCCAACAUUCAGAGAAACGAUGAAGGAGUUCAUGCAGAAGUUUGACAAGAACAAAGACGGGAGGAUUGAGAUGUCCGAACUGGCCCAGAUUCUCCCCACUGAAGAGAACUUCUUACUCUGCUUCAGACAGUUUGUCAGUUCCAGUGCUGAAUUCAUGGUGGCGUGGCGGCGAUAUGAUACAGACCGCAGUGGCUACAUCGAAGCAAAUGAACUGAAGGGCUUUCUGUCAGACCUCCUGAAAAAGGCCAACAGACACUAUGACGAGCAGAAGCUUACUGAGUACACACAGACUAUACUCAGGAUGUUUGAUCUGAAUGGAGAUGGAAAACUGGGCCUUUCAGAGAUGGCGAGACUUCUUCCUGUUCAGGAGAAUUUCUUGCUUAAAUUCCAGGGUGUCAAGUUAACCAGUGAGCAGUUUAAUGCCAUAUUCACAUUCUACGACAAGGACGGGAAUGGCUACAUUGAUGAGCAGGAAUUGGAUGCUCUGCUGCGAGACCUUUGCCAGACAAACAAGACGGAAGCGGACUUGAAGAACCUGUCUGGUUACAAGCAGAGCAUCAUGAGCCUGUCUGAUGGAGGGAAGCUCUAUCGCGGCGAGCUAGAAAUCGUCCUCUGCAAGGAGCCAAUUCAAUGACUUCUCAUCCUGUCUUACUGUGUACCCUAAUCUUGUCUGACUGCCCUGCCCUCCGAGUAAAACACUCCCUCCCAGCUCGCUUCCCAACAGCAAAACACAGGGUGCAUGUGCCGGAUCUCCCAUUUCCUCUUAAACUUACUACUUCUCAGUGGAUUACAAGUGCACAAUUGGCACGAGAUAGCGUAAUUGCAAAAAAAAAAAAAAAAGAAUAAUUGCAUUGUUUUCUGUAACCUGAUCUCUCAACCCUGAGGUGACCUUUAUGAAAUAAUCAACUUGAUAUUUUAGUCCAUUUAAAGUACUUUGUAAUGGUAUGUUAUUAUUUAACUUCCAAUGUUCUUUUUGUCCUAAUUCUGUUAAUUGAACAUUUAAAUAAAACAUCUUAACAUGAAAUCAUCUUUCAUUUUCUUCUGAUUUAUGGUCUGAGGUCAAGGCAGGCUCGUGGCAUAAAGAUCUGAUCGUUGUUAAGGGCCACAACCACUACUGGGGCCACAUAUGGCCUGGGUUUUUGUAAAGAUGUUAUUGUAUUGAUCUAUUUAUGCACAUCGCACUUAUUAAAAUUCACAGAUAUUAAAACAACUGAAAUGACAAGUGGGGGUCACAGGUUGCUGCGGGGUUUGUUCUCCCAGGAUGCAAACGGACUACUCUGGACCAGACGUGAAGGUAGGAACAUUAUUUAAUUAUCUGACUCAAAAGUGAAAAUAAAAAGGGCGCACAAGGCAAAGGCCAAACUUAACGCAGGAUACCAAAACUAACACUUAGACAGAAACUAUGGACAUAAAAUAAAACUUGCUAACUGUGGCACAAAUAAACAAAACUUACUUGGCAAGGCAUGAGACAAACAAUACAGAGCAUGAAUCUAUGCCUUGAAUAGAGCAACGUGAACUAAGCAUGGAAGGGGCAAUGUCGCCUUGAUUAGAGCCAGGUGAGCGUCCGAACACCAGCGGCAGGUGAAAAUCAUAUGGCACCAUUGCAACCAAGACAAACAAGAGUGCACCAAAAUCAGGAAGUAAUGGAGUUCAAAACAACAGAAAAUAACAAAAACAUAAUCCCGACCAACAAACAACGGAUACUCGUAAUUUUACAUAGUCACUACUGCAUAGUUUCUCUUGUUAUAUUCUUAUUUCACUGUUAUAUUUUUAUUCUCAUUGUUGCUUUUUAUUUUUAUUCUUAUUGUAAUAUUUUCUAUUUUGUUUCCAUUUAUACCCCCAUUAUUUACUUUUUACUUUUUAAAUUCAGUCUCAAUUCUGUACACUGUUGCUGGAAUGUUUAUUUUCCCGAGGGAACUACCCUGAAGGAAUCAAUAAAGUACUAUCUAU